AUGUCAGGUGCGUUCGGAAUUGGAGAAAUAGGAGGAGGAACUGUUGGAAGUGGCGGAGAGGCUCAGCACAGCCAUGUCAGGAGUACAUGGUUAGGAGAAGGAGGAGGUUGCACUGCCGGAAGGCUCAGGACAGCUUCAGCGACAGUAGUGGGAAGGGCAAAAUCAGCCUCCGAUGAAGCACCUAUCGUUGCCUUCAAUGGUGGGCACGACCUGCAGAGAAAGGCGGAGUAUGAGCUAGAGGACACAACGGGCAGCAUGCAAUGUCAAUAUUCCAAGCAAAACAAGCAAGAGGGAUAUUUGAUACCAGUUCAAUAUCAACGACGCUGUCCAUGA